GCUAUUCACAGUAGUACAACUUAUCAAUGUUCUUAUUUUCUUAAAAAAAAAACUGAAACAUAGACUCAAUUGAAGGGUAGAUAUAAUAAUUCUAAACACACACAAACACACACACACACACUUCCUCUGAUGAGUUUUAGAAAAAGUGGCACAUACAUUGGCAUCCUACAAGAGCGCAGUGUGAAAGGAGGUAAAUUUGCGACAACGGUGCAAAUGAUUCUGUCUGUUUUAUACUAGAAGGUGUUUGAUCGUUGUCGUUGGAGCGUGUGGGUAGGUGUGUGAUGCAUCAACAUUCAGUGUGUUCAGGUCUUUCAGGCUAAUGCUAUGUGCAUAUGAUAAUUAGCACGUUAGGGUGUUGUGAUAUGUUUGGAUACUAAUGGUGUGUGUGUGUAUACCUAUAUGUAUAUAUAGAUGGUUGAUGCACACAUACAUAUGUAUCAUUAGGAUUAUUACACUCCCCAAAGAAUUUUGAGACCAAAAUGGAGUGAAGUUAUUUAUUUUACUUUUAAGCUGGGGGUAGAGAAUACUACACUGAGAAUAAAUACUAAGGAUGACAGUGCUGUGGGUUAAGAGUCUACAUGAAAAAAUACACGAAAUACACUGUAUGGCCGAAAGUUGGACAUCUGACCAUCACACCCAUAUGUGCUUGUUGAACAUCCCCAUUUUCUCCCAAAUUUGGUUAAUUCACAUCCACAUCUCCCCUGUCAUACGACAACUACUAACCAAGUAGGGUGAGGGCUAACACGUGCUUCCCUUCAGACAGGUGAACCCAGCCAACCACAUCCGGUCACUGUGAUCACUAGGGGAGAGAGUAUGUCAUCUCUCCCACCCAGAGAGCACGGCUUCCUGGCCACGGAUGGCUGUGGCAUCACUGGGAUCUCACAAACUCCUGAUGAUACAGUGAAGGCUUUUCUGUUGUGCCACUCAGAUGCCUCUUUUUCCUUUUGUUAAUAAGAAAUAAAAAAGAAUUUAGAGUUAAAGCUUUACCUCUGUUACAAAUUUCUUACACUGGAGACUCCUUCCAAAAAGUCUCUGUGCAGAAAGCCUCACAUUAUCCAAUUUUUUAAAUCAGUAAAUCAUUAGGUUUAGAUUAUAUGAUGCGUUUGCUGUACAAGUCCAUGUGAAUGAGCCGUUGCUAUAGAAACGAUGCCACAUUACAACCAGCAUAUUAAUAUAAACCUGUGAUUUGCACUACUGACAGAGCUGCUGCGGUAAAACAGGAUAUAGCUGUUGGUGAAUAGGCUUGUCUGUGUUAGUUAGUAAAGGGCUGUGUGGUGUGUCCCCACAUUCCUAAGAGGAGCAUCAGACUGGUACACCUAAGCGUUGGCCAUGACCCUGAGUCAACCCGAUCAGCCAGGGCUUUGAGACAGAUUAGUUGAAAAUAUGUGUUUCGUUUAUUUAAUGUCUUUCAAGUGAUUAUGUAAUUUGACUUACACGACCUUUUCAGCAUCUUCAGCCUGAAGCUGUAAAGGAUCUGAGUGCCUAGUAAUGUGAAACUUCCAGUCAUUUACUUCCAACAUAGACACUGGGUAGCAGCUGCUCUCUCUCUCUCUCUCUCUCUCUCUCUCUCUCAGUCUCUCUCUCUCUUUUUCGUCGGAACAUGUGUGUAAUAUGAUGGUAGUGUGCAUGUGCAACAGCUGUUUUUUUCUCCUUUUUUAGAUCUACAGUAUGGCUUCCCCAGAGACUGCCUGUAAUAAUUUAGACACAUCUGCCAUUGCAAAUAGACAGGUUAUUUUAUUUUAUUAUUAAGCGUCUCAUGUCAUUUUCUUGGUGCAUGUGUGUUAUAUUUAUAUUCAUUGUUUCUCUUAGGCGUGCCGCUAGAACCGCUUUUCACUUCUCAUUCUCUAGUCUUAUCAGCCUUUGUCCAUGUUUUGAUUGCAGUCCUGAAGUCAUUUUAUGAAAAAGUGUAGCUAAAUACCAAUCUAUAAAAGAUCUAUAAAAUAGAAUCUAUAAAACUAUUUAAUGCAAUAGUGUGGUGUUUGAGACAAUUCUAUACAAUGUUUGAGUGUGAUUGUCUUGUGAUGUUGAGCUGCUUUUCUGCUGGGUAAAAAAAAAGAACAUAAAAUAGGAGUGUGAGUGCAGGCUGGUCAGGAUCUGGAGUGGAGAGUUCAUUAAAACCAUGCUGUAGAGAGGGCGCUAGGGAAAGACAGGAUAAAAAGAGGCCGGGUUUUUCCCGUUCAGAUGUGUUCAGAUCAAACGGCACAUUAGCAGUUAGCGUGCCACAGCAGCUGCUAGUGGAUAAAGAGCAGGUCCGAUCUGUCAAGAAUCUGCUUUAGUGAGCCUGACACCUUCACUCACACGCACACACACAUUUCACCUUGUUCACACACACAUGAAUGCAGUGUUUGUAUUUCUGUCUUUCUUUUUUCUCCUUUCUUCUAGUGGAAGAAUCAGCAUCAAAGCUUGCUGUCUUUUAUUUGUCAUCAAGAUGUAGUUCCUGUGUGUGUGUGUGUGUGUGUGUUUGUGAUAAGAGAGAGUUUGGGGGCAGGGUAAAGCUGGUUUCUUUAAAUCAACACCACUGGCAAUUUAGAAAAGUUUACAUAUCACACACACAUAUAAGUAACACACAACAGCUGCAUCAUACAAUUUAAUGUUUGAGCAAGCAUACAACAGAGUGCACACACACACGUGUGCGCGCACACACACACACACAAACAAACAAUCUGGACGGGAAAUCAGUUUUCCAAACAGGUUUUCUCUGCCACUUAGUACACGUGUGCUGAGGUCAUGACUUAAAACAAGAAUUUUUAUUGUGUCUUAUAUAUACACCAAUCAGCCAUAACAUUAAAACCACCUGCCUAAUAUUGUGUAGAUCCCCACUGUGCCACAAAACAGCUCUGACCCAUUGAUGCCUGGACUCAACAAGACCUCUGAAGGUGUGCUGUGGUAUCUGGCACCAAGACGUUAGCAGCAGCUCCUUUAAGUCCUGUAAGUUGCAAGGUGGGACCUCCGUGAAUCAGACUUGUUUGUCCAGCACGUCCCACAGAUGUUCGAUCAGAUUGAGAUCUGGGGAAUUUGGAGGCAUAUCAUAGCCAGCAUUAACUGUUUCAGCAAUUUGUGCUACAGUAGCUCUUCUGUAGGAUCAGAGAUCUGGGGAAUUUGGAGGCCAAGUCAACACCUUGAACCUCUGUCAUGUUCCUCAAACCAUUCCUGAACAAUUUUUACAGUGUGACAGGGAGCAUUAACCUUCUGAAAGAGACCACUGCCAUUAGGGAAUACUGUUGCCGUGAAGGGGUGCACUUGGUCUGCAACAAUGUUUAGGUUGCGGUACGUAUCCAAGUAACAUCCACAUGAAUGCCAGGACUCAAGGUUUCCCAGCAGAACAUUGCUCAGAGCAUCACACUGCCUCUGCCAGCUUGCCUUCUUCCCAUAGUGCAUCCUGGUGCCAUCUCUUCCCCAGGUAAGCAACUCGCACGCACCCGGUUGUCCACACAAUGUAAAAGAAAACAUGAUUCAUCAGACCAGGCAACCUUCUUACAUUGCUCCAUUGUCCAGAUCUGCUGCUCACAUGUUCAUUGUAGGUGCUUUCGGCAGUGGACAGGGGUCAGCAUGGGCGCUCUGACUGGUCUGCGGCUACGCAGCCCCAUACGCAGCAAGCAGUGAUGCACUGUGUAUUCUGACUCUUUUCUAUCAUAGCCAGCAUUAACUGAUUCAGCAAUUUGUGCUACAGUAGGAUCAGACUAGACAGGCUUGCCUUCACUCCAUGUGCAUCAGUGAGCCUUGGAUGCCCAUGACCCUGUCGCCAGUUCACCAGUUGUCUUUCCUUGAACCACUGUUGGUAGGUACUAACCACUGCAUAUUGGGAACACCCCCACAAGACCUGCCGUUUUGGAGAUGCACUGACCCAGUCAUUUGGCCGUCACAUUUUAGCCCUUGUCAAAGUCGCUCAGAUCCUUACUCUUGCCCAUUUUUUCUGCUUCAACACAUCACUUUUGAGAACUAACUGUUCACUUGCUGCCUAAUAUAUCCCACCGUUUGCCAGGUGCCAUUGUAAUGAGAUAAUCAAUGUUAUUCACUUCACUGUCAGUGGUUGUGGCUGAUGUAUAUUUCAGGUUAUUUGUAAAAGUAAGAAAUAAAAAAAUCAGCUAUUGCAUCUUUAAAGGCUGCUGCCUUUCUUUGUGUGACACCUCUUGGUGCUUGCAAAACAGUUUUGAUCGGCAUACGCAGUAGACCACUGUUCUGUUUGGAAUUCUGUAAUGUAACUGCAGUACAGUACAUCACAAUCAAGUGAGAACAACUCACUCGAAAAAGGAAACCCUGCCUACUUUAUUUACAUUUAGUUACUUUAACAAAUAAUGAAUGUUAUGAUGGCUGUUAGCUAGCUGUUAGAGGUAGCUAACAUGAAUAACACGUGUUUAAAUGUGCUAGAAAAAAUAUGUGACAUUUCCGAGAUAAUAUGGGUGAAGAGCUGCUGAGAAUUUUAGUACAAAGAACAUCAACCCCAAGUGAAUUAUUUUAUUUAUUUAUUUUUUCUUAUUUUUUUUUUUUCUAAUAAGUACUUAUUGUUUAUAGACACACAGAUUGGCCUGUUUUUUUUCUAGCUUCUUUAAAAUUAAGUUUGUUAUUAUCUGUGCUUGUUUUCUUUAUUGUUUAAUUUUAUUUCCCUCAUUUUAUUGUCUAUUCUCUUUCCAACCUUCAUUCUCUUUCAUUCUCCCUUUUCUCUCCUUUUUCCUUUUCCAUCAUUACAUGGUAAGGUGUGUAUUUCCUGUAUUUUGUCUGGUAAAUCAAGAGUUAAAUCAAUGAACUAAUUAAUAUGGAAUACUUCCUAACCUCCCUAAGAUGCCCCCAACCCCAAACAUGCAAACAUGUUUUGCCCCUAUCCUUGUGAGAAGCUUGCAUUGACAUAAUGAUCACUAUAACUAAUUAAUGCAAUGCCCCUAAAAAUUAUGGUCUUAGUAACCAUAAAGAAAUAUUUUGGCACUUUUAGUUUUUUCAAGAAAAAUCUGAAAAACACUAUUUUUGUGAGGACUUGACACUGUGCUAUCAUUGUGAGGACUUGUGGGCUUUUCUGAGCCUCACAAAGGGCUAAAUAUGUAUGCAACUCUGUCUCUCAUGCCAAAAAGAGACAGACACAAACACACACAUAUAUGUAUGUGUGUGUGUGUGUGUGUGUAUAUACAUACGUACAUACUGCUACAUUAUUAAAGUGCUCCUUAACAGUGCUCUGACCUCCGCACUUCAGGAAGUGGCUGUUACUGCUUGAGCGCCAGGACUUGUUUCCUCAUUACUCAUCACUGUGUGUGUGUGUGUGUGUGUGUGUGUGCGUGCGCAUUAUAUGGAAAGCUUUCUGGCUGAUGUUUUCCCCCAAGGACAACAUUAGCUUUUUAUGUAACAUACUUUUAAAAAGAUUUAAUUUGGGUUUCUUUUUCAUCUACUGCAUCUCAACUCAUUUUCAUAUGCGAAUGUGUAGCAAAUCAGAAAAAUGAAGUUCUGUUCAGAUGCUCUGUAUCUGAGUGUGUGUGUGUGUGUGUGUGUUGGGGUGGGGGGAGAGCCGUCUGUGGUCAUUAAGCAGCAGUUUGAUCACUGUGUGUUGGACGGGGAGUGAACUGCAGUGUGGCACACUGCUCUCAUAUUGAAGUGGCUUAGCGGCUGUUUAAAGGCAAGUGUGUGAGUGUUUCUGCUUGCGUGUGCUGUGUCGGUUCGGGUGCUCCCGAGUCCCUUCCUUUGGGACUCAAUUCCCUACAGAGGGAGCUGACAGACUGCAGUGGGAGACUUUGCUGUGGCACACACAGGAAUUUACUUGGACAACACUCAUUCAUAAGUCAUGUUGCCAUCAAGGUUCCAGAAGUAAAGAGGUUUUGAGUAUAAUAGUACAAAAAUGCAGAGAACAUGAAGGAGGUUUAGACUGAAGGUGUUAGUUUCUGAAACUCACCGCUCACAGUUUAACACUUUGAAUCUGUUUGUGCUUUUGCUGUGAGUGGGGCUAUGAUGCUUGAUCUGCUGAUCAGCUGAAAAGAACCUGGAGCAAUGUUUUUGGUGCUGUAGUUUUCUGAAAAAAAGUACGUUUCUAAAGUAGAAACAUGCCUAUUAAUUCACCAUUCACACAAACUCACCCACUCACGUGUUCACCUGCUCAUUUACCCACUCACUCAUUCAUACACAUUCUCUUCUUUCUUCCACUUCAUUGCCUGACUUGCUCCAUUUUUGUGGUUUUUGCUGUGUCUGUCUAUAUUUCUCCCCCUUAUCCCAACACACUGUUUACAUUUUUGUUUGUUGCACUUCUGUAAUUAUGCUAAUGUCUUUUCCAUUUUUUGUAAUCAUCAUUUGGUGGCCAAGUAGGCAUUGUGCUCCCCUGUUAUUAACGCCGAGUGUUAAUCCUUCAUGCCGCUUCAGGUGUUGCUCAUUUAUCUUUGUUAAUAUUUUCUCCUGGAUGCCAGCUGGGUACUACGGUGCCAGGUCUGAAAUCAGCAGGCACAGAAUUGUUGAAAUUGAUGCCCUAGAUGCCCAACUUUGACCAUGGGAGCGCUCUGCACGUCCUUCAAUUAUUUAUUUAUUUUCCUGUCUAGUUGCCACGACGACGUCGCUGGGCUUGAGAAAAGUGUCUCUGAGACGAGACGAGACUCUUUUGUUUUAGCCAAAGCCCCCUUCACCCCGACUAAAAAAAGCUCCUUAACUACGUACCCUGGAGGGAGGGAAGGGGGCCAGUGACUUUAUUUAAGACAAGGCCUCUUUUGUUUUAACAUGUGAAAGAUGGGGGGCGGGGUUGGGAGCUCCUGUGGCCCUUAAUUGGCCCAUUUAAUGGUGUUUUGCAUGUGAAUGGUGGCCUAGCGGAGCAUCACUAAAGUCUGUUGUGUCUAAGUCAGUGAUUGGAAUUUAGAUUAGACCAAACACUUAUCUCUCCUCGAUCAACUCUACUAAUUAACGGCCGGUAACAGGCGAGUUAACUCUACAAACUUUUUUUUUUUUUUUGGUAAGGGGGAGUCAUCACACACUCUCACUCACACUCACUUUCUCCUCUUUCUCUCUGUUUCGAACUUUCGUUCAGCAUGGACAGAUAUACUUCUGUCUUUUUUUUUCUGAGUUGAAAAAUGAUUAGGUAGUGGGUAGAGAAGGAGUUAACACCACAGAAUUACCCUAACAGGGAGAUUAAUGAGAGGAUGUGCUUGCUCAGGCAGGGCAUCAUGGGAGGCGAGAUGGGUAUGGUGAGUCCCGGGACGGUUUCCCCCACGAAACCAGGCUCUCAGUAUUAUCAGCACUAUAGCAGCAACCAGCGGCGAAGACCACUACACAGCGACUCUAUGGAGGUCCAGACAAAGAAAGUACGCAAAGUUCCUCCAGGCCUGCCCUCCUCGGUAUACGCACCGCCUGCCAGCACUGCAGAUUAUAACCGAGACUCGCCGGGUUAUCCAAGCUCUAAAGCACCCAGUGGCAGCUUCCCCACCUCCUUUUUUAUGCCAGAUGGCCAUCACAGUACAGACCCAUGGAGCUCCUCCAGUGGUAUGAAUCAGGCAGGUUACAGUGGCAUGCUGGGAAAUUCCUCCCAUGGCCCUCAGAGCAGCAGCUACUGUGGCCUGCACCCACACGAGAGACUUAGUUACCCAUCACACUCCUCGGCUGAGAUUAAUCCCAGUCUUCCUCCGAUGUCCACUUUCCAUCGCAACAAUGGCACAAAUCACUACAGCGCCGCCUCCUGCACAGCGACCACAAAUGGAACAGACAGCAUUAUGGCUAAUCGAGCGCCAAGUGGAGCAGGAAGCAGCUCACAGACUGGAGAUGCAUUAGGAAAGGCCCUGGCUUCGAUCUACUCUCCUGAUCACACCAACAACAGUUUCUCCUCAAACCCCUCGACCCCAGUGGGAUCUCCACCCUCACUCACAGCUGCAAGUUCAGCUGUUUGGUCCAGAAAUGGUCAAGGAGCCUCAUCCCCAAACUACGAGCCUCCGAUUCACUCACUGCAGAAUCGUAUAGAGGAUCGUCUGGAGAGACUGGAUGAUGCGAUUCACGUCCUUCAGAGGCACGCGGUUGGCCACGGUGACCUGCACGGCCUCAUCACGCCAUCACACACACACUCACAUUCACACACACACUCGCACUCACACACCCACAACGGAGCCAUGGGCACCCUGAGCACCAGCUACGGCACCGGCCUGCUCCCAUCCAACAGACACUCACUCAUGGUGGGGUCUCAUCGUGAGGAGGGAGUAGGGUUGCGUAGUGCUCACUCCAUUGUGCCCAAUCAAGUGCCCGUUCCUCAGCUGCCAGUUCAGUCUGCCACCUCACCAGAGCUCAAUCAGCCUGAUCCGUACAGGGCGCUCUCCAGUGGACUGCAGGGCCAGAGCACAUCUUCAGUGAGCUCAGACAUAAAAUCGGAGGAUGAGGGAGAUGAGAACCUGCAGGACAGCAAACCUUUGGAUACCAAGAAGGAAGACAUGGACAGCAAGGAGCUGAAAGCUAUAGAGAGCACCAAUGAUGAUGAGGACCUGACUCCGGAACAGAAGAUCGAGCGCGAGCGUGAGAGACGGAUGGCGAAUAACGCACGAGAGCGUCUGCGUGUGCGAGACAUUAACGAGGCAUUUAAGGAGCUCGGGCGCAUGGUGCAGUUGCACCUGAAGAGUGAUAAACCGCAGACCAAACUGCUCAUCCUGCACCAGGCCGUCGCUGUCAUUCUCAGUCUCGAACAGCAGGUCCGAGAGAGGAACCUGAAUCCAAAAGCAGCAUGUCUAAAAAGGCGAGAAGAGGAGAAAGUCUCCUCAGAUGCCCCGCCUCUCUCAAUGGGUGGAGCUCACCACAGCAUGGGCGACGCCUCCAAUCCAAUGGGACAAAUGUCAAAGCUGCCAGACUUUAUGAAAAUGAUGAGCGACCACUUCCUUUGACGACAUCAUUUCCUCUCCUGAAAGUCUGUUAAACAAUCAAAUCUGACCAGAUCAAUCAAUCAAUCAAUCAAUCAGAUUUCUGAUGAGUCACCUUAUUUUUCUUCAUUCCUCUCCAUGAUCCCUUGUUUCUUUUUUUUCUAAACAUAAUAACCUUACAUUGCAUUGGCAUUAGAAAAAAAAUGUCUCCAUUUCAACAUUCCCAGUUUUUUUUUUUUGUUUGUUUGUUUUGUUUAAAAAAAAGAAAAAAAAAGGAACAGUAAAUAUUUAUGAUUUUUUUUUUUUUUUCAUUUCUGUUAUUUAGAAUAUGUGCAAAUGGUUGGGGGAUUCUUCAAACAUAUCAUGAUGUAAAACGUUGGAAAAGAGCUGUAUGGGUUUUACUGGCAAUCUGUUUUUUUCGUACCGUGGACAAAAAUCUUCUCGCACUUUUCUCUUUCCAAGCGAGUAGAUUUGUAUUAUGGUUUCUCAAACUAGAGGGAGAGUUAGUCACAAUGACAGUGUACAAUUUCACAAAAUGGUGUAAAAACUUGCAAUAACACUCAUUUAAAAAAAAGUGUACUUCUAGCACAGCGGUUCAAGGAGACGCCACUGUGUGUUUUAAAAGGCGUGUGAGUACAGUGGGACAAGAAAUGACUUUUUAACCAGCAAACUCCCAGGUGAGAUGGAGAUUUUAAACAACUUCGAAGGUCAUUCCAGCACAUUAAACAGACUUUAUCUUACAGAAUGGCGACUAUUGCAGAGAAAAGGCUUUGCUUUUCAGAAGUGUAGAUAACGCUAUAGUGCAGAUUUUAACGCUAAUCUCUCUUCGUACAUGUCGGAAAUGGCCACAUCCAGCGAUUUAAAUCACCAAACCAGUCUUUUUUUUUUGUUAGUUUGUUUGUUUUCUUUUUUGCCCCAUGUCUCUCUCUCUUUGUCCUUUCCCCAUUGUCAUGCCCCUAGCAAAUGCAAUUUUAAACACGCUACACUUGUACCAACGUGCCUUUUAGAGUUCAUAUCAUCACACAGUGCGAGAAGGACGUUAUCAGAAACAUUUUUUUAGGAUGCAAGCUUAGGGAGAAUUGUUAGUCAUUAGGUCUAUGCAGUCAGGUGUUUUACAGCCUGGGAUUUAAAAAAAGUCAAAAGGAAAAAAAACGUAUUUUUUGGAUAAACUGUAUUUAAUGUACUGUAUGCCUAUAUGUAAUUAGAAGGCGUGUCCUGGACAGAGUAUCGUAUAUAUAUUGCGAUUCUUAGUCCUGCCCCGAGUCCACCUUAAACCCGCUCUCCCUUAAAGCUCACAGUUUCCAUUGACACGUCUGUUAUCGAGCGUUGUAUUAUAGCUUAUUACCUGCUUUUUAUGAAUAUUGGCUUGUCCGUGAGCCGCUGUAGUCUUCAGUACAAAUGUGUGGUUGUAUGUGUAAAAAUGACUCUUCUUUCUCUUUUUUUAAAAAAAUCUUUAUCUAUUAUUCUUUGUCUGUUUUUGGUUUUUGCUCAAAAAAAAAAAAAAAAGAAAGAAAGAAAAAGGGGGAAAAAACGUGUUCAGCCGUAUGAGAUUCAACAGCGGCUCCUGCUUUUUUCUGUUUUUUUUUUUCCCUUCUCCAAUCAACACGAGGCACUGAAACUGGAAAAAAAUUUAUUAGAAAAUCAAUAUAUAUAAAUGUAGAAAUAUAUACAAUAUAUAAAAAAGUGUUGUUUUCAAAAGGAGAGAUUGAUGCAGAAUGUUUUUUUUUUUUUUUUUUUUUCCUGGAGCGCUGUGAUGCAUCAGUGUUCAUUUUAAAAAGAGUGAGAUGUGACUCCAUAGUGAUCCGAUGUGUCAUGUGACAGUACGGAAGCCUCUGCAGGACAAAAAGGAUCAGAGCCCAGCUCACUGGCUGGCUACAGAAACAGACAUUUGUACAUUUUAUGCAACAAAUGCAAACUCAAACCAUUAUUUUGAAAUUGUGUAUGUAAAAGUUAUAUUUUUACAUGUAGACUGUUGUUAUUUUGUGUUUAGAUAAAACAUUGUAUCGGUUUCUCUUUUUUUCUUUCUUUCUUUCUUUCUUUGUUAAAAGGCGAAAAAGUAACAGUAACUCUGUGUGUUGAAAAAAAUGUGUCACAUUUGAAAUUGUAGUGAGGUCAAAAAGCUUCGAAAUUGUUUCUUUUAAAGAAAAAAAAACAUUGUUUAUAUUUCUGGGAACAUUUUUCUUUUUAAAGAAAACAGGAGGUUGGAAAACAAAGGUAUAUAAUAUUUGUCUCAAUCUCUAUGAUCAUGACAUUGCCAUGUUUAAUUGUACUUUUUUGAAGAGAUGUGUGUAAAUAGUCAGGGUUUAUGUCAUUUUGGUUACUGCAGACGGUAGAGUAACGCGGUUUUAGAUUCAAACCCAGCAGUUCUUUUCAUGGCCAGGUGGUAAAAUAAAUGACUCCGCUGUCCGUCCAUGUCAGCAAUCAACAAGAGUUCAGUCCUUUUUGUAAAAUACUGAAGAACAGAAUAAUUGGCUCAAGUCAGUUUAACAUGGUGCUUCAAAGCAGACAUUUGACAUUAGCUCUUAAAAUUGCUUUUUUCUAUAUAAAUUAUGUCUCUGGUAUAGCCGGUUUGUUUUUUAUAUCUUUAGAUUUUAUCGCGGUUAAGUUGUGCUUUCAAAUGCUGACAUUUUCACUGCAGUGUUUCAUCACACAAUAGAGAAACACUAAAACAGCACUAAGAAUUGUGAAAAUUUUUAAGGAAAUGUUUACCUUGAAAAUUUUCAAGGGAAUGAGAACUAAAUUGAUCAAGCAAGGUUUUUUUUGUUGUUUUUUUUUUUUUUUUUUUGCAAGGGCAAUCCUUUUAUUCAGGAAUGUCAGUGAAAUAAGAAAAAAGAUAAAUCGUGCCACAGAUUUCUCAAUUAUUUUCUGAUUGUUUUCUUGCUCUUUGUUCAUGCUAUAUAUAUUUUUUUUCCAUUUUUACAGCUUGUCAUGAGAAACAAGCUCAAAUACAGUGUUCUCCACUGACCAUUUACCCUUGCCCCCAUCCCAACAUACACACAAACACGCAUGCACACACACAUGCAGACUUCACUAUAAUUUGAAGAUGGAUUGACAGAAUGAACAAACUUUUGCCACCAGAAAGCAUUUGUUUUCUAAUCUGAUAUCUAAAAUAAUAAAGUAAAGAAAGUGAGAGGGGCAGGAGCUUAGGAUUCAGUUUUUUUAGAAGCAUGAAAACACUUUGUCACUGCCAAAUGCACUCUGGAAAAAAUGAAAGUAUUUGUGGUUUCAUUACACGAUAAUGAAAAGUCUUAAUCCAGGGUGAGAUUACUCUCUAUCACUCCAGCUGUAAGAUUUCUAACAGUGGAAAUAAUCUACACUUUUUGUCCCUCCAUGCCUAUUUUAAUUCUUCAGAAAUUAGGAACAAAUAUUUCCAUCACUACUGAAAAUACAAACCUAUUCCAUUUGUCUUCAGUUUUUUUUUGUUUUUUGGGGGGGUGUUCCAGUGAACGGUGACGCUUGUCAUAUGCACAUUUGUGGAAGUCUUCCAUGAUGGUUUUCUUUUCAGUUUGAAGUAAAGCUCAUUUCUUAAUUCACACAAUGACCUUUAAAAAAAAAGUGAAAAUGAGCAUAAAAUAAAUUACGAACAAGCACAAAAUGACUGGAUAAUGAACACGUGUAAAUCACAGACAAAAAUGAACCUGUUAAUUAGUACUUUCCCAUUUUUAUAUGUGGUUUUAGACAUGUUCAUUUCAGAGUAUUACAGUCAUGUGUAAUUGUAUAAAAACAAUUGAAAUGUGGCCUUUUUUUUUUUUCAUUCUUGUUACUUGUGAUGCAAUUACAUGAACAAAAUACAAUAAGCAGAGAUUUCCCGUAUAUCAGUGCCUGGCUUUUUGUUAAAAAAACUCCUUUUCUCUUGAGCUCUUUUGCUAUAAAUUAGAUUAGCACACCCUAUUAUUACAGGAGAAAUGAGAACUAAAUUGAACAUAUUAUAUCUGGCUCAUUUUUUGCAGGGGCAAUCAUUUUAUAUCAGGAAUAUUGACAAAGUAAGAAAGGAAAUCAGAACCAGCCGAAAUGGCCAGCUCAGAAGUAUUCCACUUUUUUUGGAAUAAUGUGAAAAGAAAAAAAAAAUACUUUAUUUUACUAUUUAAUGUUGUUUUGGUUUGUGUUACUCAGACGAAGCUAUAUGGUGUGAAAAUGAGGGGACAAGCGGAUCCAUCAAAAAAAAAAAAAAAACAGAGCAGUGGUUCAAAAACAUUAAAACUAUACAACAGUUACACUUUUUUCCAAACGUGUGGCUGUGUGCCUCAAGCCUUUUAUUAUAAUUUUUUGUGUAAUUUUUUUUGUUGUGUUCUUGUUUAUAUUCUUUUAAUUUCUUACUUUUAUGUUUUUGUUGAUUACUUUUUUCCAAUUUGAAUUAUGUUUAUUAUAUUAUAAUUAUUAUUGUCAUUGUUAUUGUUGUUCCUUGUUUUAAGACUAGUAUCAGUGUGUAAACGGAUUGUGUGCUGGAGUUUUCUCUUCGAGCCAGCUCAUCCACGGCCAUUUGCCUGUCGGUUUUCAUCUUGUAGUUAAUCAAUGAAGUCAUGUACAUGACCAUUCUGUAGCAAUAAAUGUGCCAUUUUUAUAA